UCAGGCUUCUGGAAUCAUGGCGAACGGCGCCCUGGAGAUUGUGGGAAUGUGCGUGAGCCUGAUCGGCCUCAUCGGGGUGGCGGCCAGCACUGGGAUGCCGAUGUGGCGGGUGACGGCAUUCAUCGGGGAGAACAUCAUUGUGAUGGAGACCCGGUACGAGGGCUUGUGGAUGAACUGCUUCCGGCAGGCCAACAUUCGGAUGCAGUGUAAGGUGUACGACUCCUUGCUGGCACUGUCCCCGGACCUCCAGGCCGCGCGGGGGCUCAUGUGCUGCUCUGUGGCAUUGACCGGGCUGGGUCUACUAAUUUCCAUCGCUGGGAUGAAGUGCACGGCAUGCAUCCAAGGAAACGACCGCGCCAAGCGGAUGGUUCUAAUCAUCGCUGGCUGCAUGAUCCUAUUGGGGUGCUUCUGCUGCCUCAUCCCUGUCUCCUGGACUGGACAUGCCAUCAUCCAGGACUUUUACAACCCUUUGCUCAUCGAUGCCCAGCGUAGAGAACUCGGGGAGGCAUUGUACAUAGGUUGGGUGUCUUCUGCCUUCUUAUUUGCUGGCGGGUGCAUAUUCACCUGCUGCGGCGGCUCCCUGGACAAGGGCCCAGAUCCGAGGUACAAGUACACCAGGAACGCACCCUACGUGGCAUAUCAGCCGCAGCCCUUGGUCUACCACCCCCAGCCACACUCGGUGUACAGCCACCCGUCCGGGCCACCGUCGUUCAUUGAGCAGUCAUACCAACCAUCCAGACAGCAGUCAUUCAUUCAGCCUUCCAGACAGCAGUCAUUCGUACAGCCGUCCCGACAUCUAUCCACCCGCAGCGCCGUGGCUUAUCUCUGAAAUCCAGCUGGAUGUUUCACAGGCUUGUGUAUUUGCGUUUGUGUGUGUGUGUGUUAGAGAGAGAUGGUAAGGACGGACUUCUAACCAAAAGGUUUAAAAAAUAUUUGGAAAAAAUGUAAAUGUAAGUUAGUUCUAAAAAAGUAGUCAUUUCUACUUUUGCUUUUUAAAUAUCUAAAUAGAAGCCGAUGACAGAUGCAAAGGACUGACUUCUAAUCAAAGCUUUUUUUUUUAAACGAGGGAAAAAGACUAUUUGGAAACGUUUAAAAGGAUUUAAAUGUGACCCGUUUCAUUCUUGGGAAUGUUUUUUGACAGAAUUUUAAUACCAUUUGCACUUUUAAAUGUCUAAGUAGGAGCAGAUGAGAGAUGGAAUGGACAGACUUCUAACCAGAGGUUUUACAAAAAGAACAUUUGAA